ACAGACAAGCAAGUCAAGCGUUCGCAUCAAAUACCGCCAAAAUGCGCACGUACGACGACUCCUUCUCGGGCCAGAGAAUCUACCCUGGAAAGGGUAAGCUCUACGUCCGCGGUGACUCCAAGACUUUCCGUUUCCAGAACAGCAAGUCCGAGUCGCUGUUCCUCCAGCGCAAGAACCCCCGCCGCAUUGCCUGGACCGUCCUCUACCGUCGCCAGCACCGCAAGGGCAUCUCUGAGGAAGUUGCCAAGAAGCGCACCCGCCGCACCGUCAAGGCCCAGCGUGCCAUCGUCGGUGCCUCCCUCGAUGUGAUCAAGGAGAAGCGCAGCCAGCGUCCCGAGGCUCGCUCCGCCGCCCGCGCGGCGGCCAUCAAGGAGAGCAAGGAGAAGAAGCAGGCCGACGCCGCGGCGAAGAAGGCCGACAAGGCCAAGAACGCCGGCCUCGCCUCCAAGGGCCAGACCAGCCGCAUCUCGAGCAAGCAGGGCUCCAAGGGCGCGCAGGCCAAGGUCCAGGCCAACACCCGCUAAAUGCUUUUUCGGAGUAGGGUUUUGAGUCGCGGAUUGUGGAAGCUGGAAUGGUAAUUCCGGGCGGAGGAGGGGCUGGGACGGGCGCCGUGGACAGAUGAAAAACGGGCAGAGGAUUCAAUCCCCCAAGCCCACCCCCCGGAUGGAACUUGACGAAAGGCAGGAGUCGAGGUUCUUUGUGUCUUACACGGCUGGUUCUCUACACACAUCUCGGUAGCACGGAAUUGCAUGAAAGUCCCACGGGAUAAAUC